CUUCCGGUGUGAAGUAGAAUUCAAUUACUAUUGUUUUUUUUGUUUUUUUUGUAUUGCUGCCGUACAGUUCCAUUCACAGAUGUACAAUGCAGUAAGUGAAAAAAUUAACUGUAGCUAGAGCUGGUGUAAGUAAACUAUCGUUCAUAUCAGGUUUUUAAUCAUGGAUAAAUUUGUAGUUCGGUUACCAAAGGCAGAUAGGGAAAAACAGGAACCAAAACAAGAGAGGAAUUACAAGCAAGCAACCUUAGAGUCUCUGCGGAGAGUGGUUGUGAUUGAAGACAUUGAAAGGUACAGGUCAAUCCUUGAACUGCCUGGCCAGCCUAAAGAAAAUAUGAUAGAAGCCUUGAAGGAGCUGGAUAAGAAAAUGCCUUCCAGAGAAGUGCUGAAGACUACCAGAAUCGGACACACAGUUAACAACCUACGCAAACACUCAGAAGAUCCUGAAAUCAAGUCACUAGCGGGGGAGGUGUAUAAACACUGGAGGACCUUCAUUGAGGAACAUGCAAAUAAACCUACUAUAGAAGUUCGCUGUGACAAACAGACAGAAAGUUUGAGGAGCAAUGCAAAGAAACUGCUAUCUGAAGCCACAGGGCUGAAGGUGGAGCAUGGACUGGUGGAGAACAUAGAAAGAGAAGUGUUUCACCAAAGCUCUCGACUUGUUAGUGGAGCAUACAGAAGGACUGUGAGGGCUCUUGUCUUUGCACUGAAAAAUAGGACUGACUUGAGAGCGCAGGUCAAGGAUGGCAAACUACCAGUUAAUAAAUUUGUAAGCAGUCACAAAAAAAAACUGUGAAGAAUUGAAAAAUUCAAAUAUGGGACCUCAAGAAAACUUUUUUUUUUUUAACUCUUUUUAACUUUCAGU